CACUGAGCUAAGUUCUUUUAAAGUAGGCAGUCUUAGAGGAGACCUUCAUCAUCAAGGACUAGUUAUGAACAUUUUUAUCUCAUUAAUAUUAACAGGGGUGGUUUGUCUAUGUAUUCCUGCGGACUCUGAAGCAAAGGCAGACGCAUAUGCACACUUAAACGAGGAUAUGAAUAGGGCGCUGGUAAAAAAAAGCAAGAAUGGCUGGCAAUGUGCCGGUGUAACCUGCCCCAAAAAGUUUACCGCCUCAUGCAAAGUGACCAAGGUUUUGAAGCCAUCUGACAGACUGGACCAUGAUCUCCUCAUUAUAUGCAUGGAUAAAAACGAUAAGGUAAGGUGCGGCAUAACCCGGAGUCGAAAAGGCCAAAUGCAGGAAGUUUUAGACAUGGACGAAGACGGAAAUACGACGUACGAACAAAAGGAGGUUAUUACGACGAAUGACGGGACCAAGAUUCCCAGAUGCCCACGAAAGUGAAUCAUUUGCAUUCAUCAGUUUGACACAAGUAAAUUUUAUUGUACACAUCGUGUGUAACUUUUCAAUGCUGUCAACUACAUUAAUAAAUAUAUAUUUUGUGGCUACCAAA